CAGCAGCCAGCAGUACUGAUUGUGAGCGCCGCGAUUCGCAGCGAUGCACACGCGGCCGGACACGCGGACCUCCUGAUGGCCUAGGUCCAGCUGAGAAGGCUCUACUGACGUGCGAUGACUGCCUCCGAAAGCAGCGGCACCUCCGGCCAGCACAAUGAGCUCUCACAGCUCGGUUCAAAGCAGCCCGUGCGGCACCCAGCUGUGAUGUCGGUGAAGCAAUGGUUCAGGCAGCUGCAGCCGCUGCCGCUCUACCUGAUGAUGGCACUGACCAUCCUCUUUUUCAUUGUCGAACUGGUCGCCAGCCACGUAACGCACGCGCUCACCCUGCUCGUCGAUUCUUAUCACACUCUGUGCAACCUUAUCGCCCUCACUGGAUGCGUUAUCACCAUUAAGUAUGGAAGAGAGCAAGCACAGGGGGUGUAUUACGCGCCGGCGAGGACCUCCGACAGCGACGAUAGCAGCUCUGAGAGCUCGAUGGGGCGCGGGAAGUCGAGCCGCGGCUGCAACGGCAAGCAACGCAAGCAACAGGGUCUCCUGAAUUCUGAGCGGAGAUUAAAAAACACCUUUGGCUGGGCGAGGAUGGAGGUGCUGCUCAUGCUGGUGGGCUCCGUGUUCCUGGCCUCGCUCUGCUUCUCCAUCAUUGUCGAGGCAGUGCAGACUCUGUUCCACAUCGGACACUCGGAUGCCAUGCACUACCCGAUGCCAGUCAUGAUAAUUGGCCUGUGUGGCUUCCUGCUCAAUGUCAUUUGCUUCUUCACGAUCGGAGGUUACACUUUCCACCAGGGCAGCUUUUUGCACGUGAACGCCGAGGGCAACGUGGUGAUGGACCGCGACCUGACGGAAGAUAACGUCCGCGUGGGUAACAGGCAGCUCUCGGCGCGGAGGCCAGUGAUUCGCGAGGACGAGGUUUCGCAAAUCGAAAAGUGCGAGGUGCCAGCCGACCCGGGGUCGAACGUGCAAGUCAAAACGGGCAGGCAAGGUGCGCGAGAAAUGCUUCGCGACGUCAGCAGCUGCCUCUUUGUGAUCGUGUGCGCUGCGAUUGUCUACAAAACGGAUCCGCACUUGGCCAAGUACAUCGACCCUGCACUUUCGAUUCUCUCCUGCCUCUUUCUUCUCGCACUCAGCAUUCCCUACAUGAAAGAGUCUGCAAGUAUCCUCUUGCAAACCAUUCCUGGCUACAUCGACAUUGACUCGCUGAAAAAUGACCUGGUCAAAGAGUUCACGAGCAUUGAGAAUGUCCACGAAGUGCACAUUUGGUGUCUAACCCCAACAAAAGUAUACGCGACAGCGCACAUUGUCCUGCCCAACCAUGGUGAAUACGUGCAAAUUAAAGAACAAUUGAUGGAUUUUUUCCACGAACGGGGCGUCACCCAAGCAACUCUUCAACCAGAAUUUUCACAGGCUGUGGAAAGGAGUUUUCCGGAUGGCGAGUGCUAUUUGCGGUGCCAGGGCAAAGGGUGCGAAAAUCAGAACUGCUGCAAGCAGACCCCAAGCCCAACAGACAGCACCGAAGACCUUCCCCACCACCACCACGAGGGCCACAACCACAGUCACGGCAAGGGGGGCAAAGGCCACGGACACAGCCACGCCAGCAAAGCACCUGCCAAAUCGAAAAGCAAGAAGAACGACACUUGCCAAGAUGCGUCGGUGCAAGAGAUGAAUGGCGUCGCUGAGUCUGCAAAUUCAAGCAGCAUGAGUGAAGUGAGGUUGGACCCUGCGGAAGGCGAAGGUCCAGUGUCGCCGAAGCAGCGAAGUCGGUCAGUGUGCGACCUCGAGCAGACGAGAGACUCUUUCGAGGACUACGCAAUCAAGCGGGUUAAACAAACUAGCUUAGUCGACGUCAUGCAUUUGUGCUAAAAAUGCGCUCUACGUGUACUCUCUCAUCCUGUGAUAUGAUAUAUUCAAACUGCGUCUAUGAUUAACUAACGAAGAGUGUGUUGCGGCCUACAGCUUUUGUACGUGUGUUUUUGGUUGGGACAAAAAAUAUUCAUGCAUUUUCUCAAAGCAGUUAUUGUUUUUACGGGUUUAAAGUGACCACAUAAUGAACGCUGCAAAGUAUUGAAGAUAAAAUGUUAUUGCAUUCAUGUUAAAGUCUUGAUGAAUAAAAAUAGGGAUGGUAAAAUUGAAUAUUGA